GCAGUCGUUGUUUGUUAUUUAAGCUGAACGGUUUAGUGUUCGGUUCUUGUGCGUCGGCUUUUUCAGAACAUUACGAAUCGGGCAAUUCCUCUGGCAGUGCAUUCAUUGUGUGUGUAUAUGUGUGUUGACGAAAGUGCUUCAACCGUUAUUAACUGUUUAAUUAAAAGCUCUUCUGCUCAUUGUGCCAAACAAUUGCAAGAAAUAUCUCUGCUCUUCUCUAUUCGCAAUUCAGUGGCCACCCGCGCAGCUGACGCGACACACGACAAAGAAACAGACACAUAACCAAUUAGCAAUUAAAGAGGAGCAGCAAAAAUGGGUAAAGCUCAGAGCAAGCGUUCAAUUGAUAUCACCACCGAUCCGAAAAAGGUUGGCGAGGGCGACGAAGUCGCUGGCAAAGUCGAGAAAAUUGAAGAUGUCGAUCAGACGUCGGCGCCGCCCGCAUUAAAUGGCGAUGCGGCAACGACAAAGGAAAAGAGUCCCGGCGGCAGCGAGGAAGCAGCGGGCGCCGGAGAGAAAAAGGAGACCGAAGAGAACUCUGAAAACGACAAAGAUUUAACCACCGAGAAAAAAACUGCAGAUGCUGAUGUCGCCGCCGGUGAUGCGUCUGCUGAAUCUGCUAAAGAUGAGGCAGUCGCUGCCUCGGGCUCGCUCAAGGAGGGCAGCGGUGCCGAGGAAAUCUCACCUCUGGCCGAUGAGAGCAUCAAGUCCAAGUCCAAGAAGGAUAAGGUGAAAAAGAAAUGGUCAUUCCGAAGCAUAUCGUUUGGCAAAAAGGACAAACAGAAGCCAGCCAAGACAGAGGAGCCAGCCUCGCCAACUGCAGCAGCGGCCGCCAGCGCCGAGUCAGCGCCAACGAAUGGCGAAACGGAGCGGCCAGCAGAAGCCGAAGGAGCAGCAGGAGCACCAGCAGAAGCAGCUGCCGCAGACAAACAAGAGCAAAGCGCGGACGCAGCAGCUGCAGAUGCGGCGACCAAGGUUGAAUCGAAACCCACCGAAAAUGGUGCAGCCAGCAGCGAACAGGAAAAGCAACCACAGGAGCCACAGGCGAACGGAGCUGACAAGACAUCCGCGCCAGCAGUUAGCGAGGAGGCGGUCAAGUCGGAAACUACACCAACCAUCAACACCACCGAGUCGAAGGUUGAGGCGGUCGAGCAGAUCGCUGUGCCGGAGCCCGUCAGUAGCAACGAUACCACCGAAGCUGUUACCAACGGUCAUGGCGCAGUCGAGCCCGUAUUGACCAAUGGCGACAAGAACGGUUUGGCUGAAUCCCCAACCGAGCCGGAGGCAGCAGCAGCAGCAGCAGUAACAGGCAACAGUGUGGGUGAGGAGCCGGCACAUCAUCAGAACGGCACAAAUGGAGUUGGCGAGAACAAUGAGACUGCCACGCCACCGCCAACACCUGUCGCCGAAUCCGAGACCGAGGCCGAGCUAAUUAAGAACAAGUCGCAAAUCGAGGUAAAACAACAACAACUAGACACCACAGCAAACAACCAGAACACUGUAAAUACGAGUAUCACAACAACAACAACAAGAACCACAGCCACUGAGAACACCACAAUCACAAUCACUGAGACAGAGACCAUUGCCGCCGCAGAGUUAGUUCAGACCCAAUCAACCAACACCCAAAAUAACACAAUACCUAACAUCACCACCACCAACACCAAGACCACCACCGACAAUUCCGUUUAUCUUCCCACCUCCCAAGCGCAGGACGAAGUGCAAGCCGACGCCGACGCCGACGCCGAUGUUGAUGCCGAUGCCGAGGAAGAACAAGUGGUUGCCGCUAUAAUAGCCGCUGUUAGUGAGCCUUCCGAUCCCGAGGGUUUUGUUUUUAUUGCACCAGCCGCUGAAACCGAGCCCCAGGCUGAGCUCGUACUCGAAACGGCUGUGGUUUGUGUUUCCCCUGUGCCCAAACUAGAACUUGAAUCCGACGCACCAAUAUGCGUCCCAGAGCCCAAUCCCGCUGAUGCUGAUGUCUUAGUUUCUGUUGCUGCUAACGCCGCGGCCCAUGUGGUUCCCGUUGAGUUAAGUCAGCCGCCACCACUGCCCAAGUCUCCGCCGCCUUCACGUGUUUCGGCAUUUGCAUUGACCACAGACGAUGAAACGCACAACAACGACGAUGACGACAGCUUUGUGAACAACGAGGAGGUAAUGCAGAAGGACAGCGAUGCACCACCAGCCACAGUGGAGGAUGGUCCACUUUUGGCCGAUAUUGAGCAACAGGCGCAUGCAUUUGUCGAGGAAAUAACCGAGCAGGCGGCCGAUAUCGUAACGGAACAGGACAAGCAGGACGAAGUUCUAGAGAACAUCAGUGAGGAGCAAAUGAGUUCUGCCGCUAAGAUUGUUACCGAUGUUGAUGACGACGAUAACGAUGUCAUUGAGGAAAAGGCGGAGGAGCAACUGAAAAAACCAGAGCAGUUUAGCAAGGAUGAUGAACAGCUGGUGGAACAGCCAGAGAUAAUUUGCGAUGAGAAAGCGAACGAUGAUGUGGCUGAGGACAUCAUCGAGGCAGGGGAUAUUGCUGAACAGCCGGAUGUUAUUAGCGAGAAAAUCAGCGCUGUUGCAGAUGAGUUCAGCUUGCGGGGGAACGAUAGCAAGGUGACAAUUGAAAGUGUGCCGGAGCUGGAGGAUGUGCAAAGAGGUAGCGAUGACGAUACCGAUAACGAUAACGAUAAAAUGAUCAGCAGCGAUAACAGCAGCAGCAGCAUAACAAAGCUGGAUGCAUUCGUGGACAUAAAAGAUGCUGCUCAUCUUGAGGAUAUCGCCAAGGAUCUAAAGGAGAAGAACGCCGCGGCAGAUGUUACAACACAGGACCUGCCCGUGACAUGCGAAUAAUACUAAUAAUUAUUAUAUAUAUUACAUAUUAUUAAAAAAAAAACCAACAAAAAAUAAAAAAAGAAAAAAAACAAGAAAAAAAAAUGAUAAAAGCAAAUAAGAAAACAACGCAACGUAAAACCAACAAUUAAAUGAUUAACAAGAGAGCAAAAAAAAGCAAAAUACAUUUUUAACAUUUACAUAUUUUAAUCAUUUUUGUACGAAUUUCAUAUCCCUAAUCCAAGAUUACAUCAGCAUAUAUUCAAGAGCACGAAAAUACAGAAUAUAUGAAACACACCUAACACACCACACAUCGAUCGCCACCAACGCCAACUUCACCACCAACACCAACUUCAACUUCAACUCCACCUCCAGCCACGCCCAUCGCCCACCAAUAGUCGAGUGUUGGUGCAACUGAAUUUUUGAUGCUGGCAUUUUUGCAAUAACGCAAAUCAGUCUCGUUCACACGUAAAUUCGUAUAAUAAUCCAUCAACACGCAUUUAUAAGAAAUCACACACACACACAUAUACACUCACACACACACACACACGCAUACAUACCAUUGUCAUAUUGAUGAUCAUGAUAUAAAACAAAAAUCAUCCAUGAAAUGAUGAAAUUAAGAAUUUUUUGAAUAAUUUCUACUAUACAUUUAACUGUAAGUUCUAAGAAAUUUGUAAAGAAUUUUUGGACGAAAUAUUGGAUAAAUAUAUAUUAUAAAAUAUAAAACGCAAGUGUGCUCCACUAAAAACUGAA